UUCUUUCUGGAAUCAUCAAGAUUAGCCCAAACUUGAACUCAUCCUUACCAAAACCACAUCUAUAAAUACCAUACCAAAGCACAUUCAUCUAAUAUCAUCUAUCUAUCAUCUAUCUCAUCAAUUUCAAUACAAUAUACAAUUACUACAACCUAGCAUUCUCUCUGCAAACAAAAUCAUUGUCGAGUUAAAUCCUUUUGAUCAAAUCCCGCGACAAUGUCGAUCAUCCCAAGCUUCUUCAGCAAUCAAAGGAGUAACGUUUUUGAUCCAUUUUCCCUUGACAUCUGGGAUCCUUUCCAAGGCUUUCCAUUCUCUACCGGUGCUCUGACCGGGCAAACUGGGCAAGUGGGUUCCGAUACCGCAAGAGAGACAUCACAGUUAGCUAACACCAGGAUUGAUUGGAAGGAAACUCCCGAGGCUCAUAUCUUCAGAGCUGAUCUUCCUGGUGUUAAAAAGGAAGAAGUGAAAGUUGAGGUCGAGGAGGGAAGAGUUUUACAGAUAAGUGGAGAAAGAAGCCGAGAAAGUGAAGAGAAGAAUGAUAAGUGGCACAGAGUCGAACGGAGCAGCGGCAAGUUUCUGAGGAGAUUCAGGUUACCGGAGAAUACUAAGAUGGAUGAGGUUAAGGCUACUAUGGAGAACGGAGUGCUUACUGUUUGUGUUCCUAAAGUUGAGCAGAGGAGACCAGAAGUGAAGUCGAUUGAGAUCUCCGGUGCAUCGGAGGGGUCGUCUCAGGUUCCUAUGGAAACCACCGGUGCUUAAAAGUUGCACAAGACCAUACUUACGUUGCCUAGUCCUACCGAUGGUCAUCAUCGGAAAUCUGCAAUUUCACUUGUGUUGUCCUGUUGGUCCUUCUCAGUGAUGCUACUAGUGUGUGUCUUCUGUUAUGUCAAAAUAUGUUGCUAUGUUUUUACUUUCUGUAUGGUUGUGUUGCGUCCCCUAGUCUGUCUUAUGUAAAGAGGUUCAUGCUAUGUACUGGAUGUGUUUUUAUAAUAAAAAGGAGCUUUAGAUGAA